GAACAUUACUUUGGAGAAUGUCUGGAAGUUUCUACUUUGUGAUAGUUGGUCAUCAUGAUAAUCCCAUAUUUGAAAUGGAAUUUCUGCCUCCUGGAAAAGUGGAGUCCAAGGAUGAUCAUCGCCAUCUCAACCAGUUCAUUGCCCAUGCUGCUCUUGACCUAGUAGAUGAGAACAUGUGGCUUUCUAACAACAUGUACCUGAAGACUGUGGACAAGUUUAACGAAUGGUUUGUUUCGGCUUUUGUCACAGCUGGACAUAUGAGAUUUAUAAUGCUUCAUGAUGUAAGGCAAGAAGAUGGAAUUAAGAACUUCUUUAAUGACGUAUAUGACUUAUAUAUAAAGUUUGCAAUGAAUCCAUUUUAUGAACUUAAUUCUCCUAUUCGAUCCAGUGCCUUUGAAAGGAAAGUACAGUUCCUUGGGAAGAAACACCUGUUAAGCUGAAUAAAUGAGUUUCCUGAGUGAGUGCUUUUUCCAUACUUCCCCAGUUAUUUAAACUGUAGUUCUGGUUAUUUCUCAGCAUGUUUGAUAUUCAUCUUCUGAGGAUUGACAAACUGGAUACUGAAGAAGCUUUUUUGUUGCUGUUGCCAAUAGAAAUCAGAACAGCCAAGCUUCUCUGGUUAAAACGUGUAACUUAAGAAGUUUCCUUUUAUGUGCUACGGAAUAGGUACAUUGAGACGUGGGUGCCAGUGCAUAUGCAAAAUGUAAGCUUCUUAUAUGUGGUGGGAGGAAAUCAGAUCUAAACACAAGAAACAUCUCCAGUCAUGCAAUUUAAUACAAAUAAAUAGUAAAAGGGAAUUCUUGACUGUUUGGCUUAAGGGGUUAACUUUGUUAUACACUUUUCUACUUACUGACAUUUGCUAGAGAACAUACUCUGCAGGUUAAUUAGACUAACCCUACUCUCUGUGAUAUUAAAUUAGGUCCAUGUUUAUAUUGUAAUGUGUAAUGUAUGUAUUAUAAAGUGUUUAAUAAAAAGAGGGUGUAUCAGCAAAGCUCUGUCUUCAAUAUUUCAAUUUGAGAAAAAACCUCUAAUGUUUUAGAGCUUAAAACUGAAAGCUUCAAACUUACUAAAUGUUUACAUGAGUGAUGCAUGUUUAGCUGCAGCAUUGCAUCAAGUGAAGUGACUGAAGUAGCCCAGAACACCCAUUGUCUGGCCUGACUUUAAUCCUAAUUCACAUAUGGAAGAAAACUAAACUUAAAUGUUUAAACCCACACCUUUCCAUUUUCUCUGCAAGUGCUGAAAAGAAAAUAUAUUAAGAGUAGGAUCUUUGAACUAUGAAUCUCAUUUUUGAUGUUUCAGAAAGGCAUUAUUUGGCCUGUCUGGCUACUAUUCCAUUGUAAAAUGUGGUUAGGGACUCUUCUGCAAAACUUACAUCAUUCCAGAACAGUAAUUUUUAAAUGGGCCGUUUGGCAUAUAUGUACCUAAUAUUUUGGUUGGUUUCACAGUCUUUUAAGUAGCCUGUUUUCUUUUGCAGUGAACCUGUGUAAGCUAUCUUCUUGGACUUCUCUUUGAAAUGUCUGAGAAGUAAUUCUCAAAGGAAGUGGUAUGCUGUUCUAAGAAUUACAUUUUGCAUAGUCUGUGUAAAGGGACCACAUGUGUAUGUGCUUUAAAUGUACAGCCAGUCAUUAUUUCUUUGUAAUUUACACUUACUGCUACACUGUCACUGUAAAAUACUAUACAAGAACACAAUACAAAGGUGCAAUAUACCUUAAAUAAAACAUGUAAUGAUGCAGAA